UGCCUUCUAUGUAAACAAACACACACUGGGCAUGCGUCACUGGAAUAAUGGAGGACUGUCUUUUCCAGCCGGACUGAUGAUGUCUGUAUUUCUACUCUUUUUUCCGUGAACUGGGAAAAAACAACUCCUCUGCAUUUCAGCGUGUAGUUGAGGUCAAAGCAACAAUCUCAGGAUGACCACAGACACGCCAGCCCAAAGUGUGGGCUCCAGGAUCAUGACGUUCACCCCCUCCAAAGAAGAGUUCAAGAACUUUGGCCGGUACAUUGCCUAUAUGGAGUCUCAAGGCGCACACAGAGCUGGAAUGGCAAAGGUUAUUCCACCUAAAGGCUGGAAACCGAGAAAGACCUACGAUGACAUUGAUGAUCUGGUGAUUCCAGCUCCCAUUCAGCAGGUGGUGACCGGCCAGUCAGGACUGUUCACACAAUACAACAUCCAGAAGAAGCCAAUGACUGUCCACGACUUCCGCAAGACAUCAAAUAUGGACAAGUUCUGCAGUCCGCGAUAUGUGGAUCUGGAUGAGCUGGAGAGGAAGUUUUGGAAAAACUUGACCUUUAACCCCCCACUUUACGGGGCUGAUGUCAGUGGAACACUAUAUGAUCCAGAUGUGACUGAAUGGAACGUCGGCCGUCUCAACACCAUCCUGGACACUGUGGAGAAUGAAAGUGGCAUCAAGAUCAAAGGAGUCAACACACCAUACCUGUAUUUUGGGAUGUGGAAGAGUGCCUUUGCAUGGCACACAGAGGACAUGGAUCUGUACAGCAUCAACUAUCUGCACUUUGGAGAGCCAAAAUCCUGGUAUGUUGUCCCACCAGAGCAUGGGAAAAGACUAGAACGACUCGCCAAAGGUUUCUUUCCAGGGAAUGCUCAAAGCUGUGAAGCCUUCUUGCGCCACAAAAUGACUUUAAUUUCGCCCUCAAUCCUGAAAAAAUAUGGCAUACCAUUCGAGAAGGUCACUCAGGAAGCUGGGCAGUUCAUUGUGACGUUUCCAUUUGGCUAUCAUGCUGGUUUCAACCAUGGCUUCAACUGUGCGGAGUCCACCAACUUUGCCACCCAGCGAUGGAUUGAUUACGGCAAACAGGCAACACUGUGUUCGUGCCGUCAGGACAUGGUGAAGAUCUCCAUGGAUGUGUUUGUACGCAAGUUUCAGCCCGACCGUUACAAACUAUGGAAGGCAGGGAAAGACACUGCUCCCAUCGAUCACUCCAAACCCACACCGGAGGCUGCUGAGUUCCUGAAAGAAGAAAACAUCGAGUCUAAAACAGAGACUCCCAGUGAAGCUGGAUGUGAGGAACCCACUGCUCCUGUCCAGGAGGACAAAAGCCCAAAGCUUCAGACUGGGACGAAGCGUCAACUUGAAGCUGUUGAAGCUGCUGAAGAUGUCAAGCCUGAGGUGACGACGACGGAGACUGAUAAGGUGGAGCCACAGAAUGUCAAGUUGUUACGAAAGGAGUCUCCAACUAAAGUCGCUGCCAAGCCAGAUAAAGCUUAUCUUUCAGAAACAGUGAAAAUCAAGCCAGAGCUGAAGAAGGAGAAGGACACCAAGCCACAGUCCAAAUCUCAGUCCAAAGCAAGUACCAAGAAAACUUCAAACAGACGAAGUCCUUCAAAAAAAGAGAAGAACGGCAUGUCUGCCGCUGACAUCUUUCCUCCUGAACCUGUGGAGAACCAGGUGGUGGCUCCGAGCUCCGUGGAGGCUGGAGGCAGUGAGGAGCCUCAGCUGGGCAGCAGCUGCAGUCCAGCACAAAAACUGUUUCAGAGGACACUGAGCCCUGCAGACGUCCUGCACGUCCACAGCUACGCCAAAGGAGACUAUGGAGAAGGAGAGGUCCUGCCCAAGGAGGAGAAGAAGAUUGAGGGGAGUGACGACGAGAUGGAGAAAGACAACGGUCAUCUUAACAAAACACAGGUGGCAGCAGUGGUGGCUGGACAUGAAGAGCAGGAGAAUGAUCUGGGGCAGCUGCCAGGCCACCAUCCGCUCAUAAAGGACGGCAUGAGUGAUGAAGAAGCACCAAGCGAGGCUCCUCCAGUAGAGGAGGGUGGUCUGGAAGGGGAGAACUGGGCUAAACCUCUGACUCACCUAUGGCAGAGCAGACCUCCCAACCUGAAGAAGGAGAGGGAGUACAACCAGCGCAUCGGCUCCAAACCUCCAUACUGCUCCAUCUGCCUGCUCUUUCACACAUACCAGCAGACUGAAUGUGCGAACAAUGUAGACACUCCUGUCAUGGUGGCCGGCGGACGCAUGCGGACCAAACCUUUGAUCCCAGAGAUGUGCUUCACCACUACGACAGAAGAAGACUCAGAGUGCGAGGAGCAGCCCACCACCCCUCAUCUGGAGGAAGAUGGAACCAGCCUUCUCAUCAGCUGCUCCCAGUGCAGCGUUCGUGUUCACACCACCUGUUACGGUGUGGAUCCAGCCAGUGUGAGCAAAGAAUGGAAGUGUGCACGCUGUAAGGCCAACGCCAUGACUGAGAACUGCUGCCUGUGUUCAUUGAGGGGCGGCGCCUUGCAGAAAGCCAACAACAACAAGUGGGUCCAUGUGUUGUGUGCAGUUGCUGUGCAGGAGGCACGUUUUGUCAACAUCACUGAAAGAAGUCCUGUGGAUUUAAGUGGGAUCCCUCUGCAGAGAUUUAAGCUGAAAUGUUACUACUGUAAGAAGCGGAUGAAGAAGGCGUCCGGCUGCUGCGUCCAGUGUUCUCAUGGCCGCUGUCCCACUGCCUACCAUCCCACCUGUGCCCAAGCUGCUGGAGUACUGAUGCAGCCGGAUGAAUGGCCCUUUGUGGUCCACGUUACCUGCUGUCGACACAAAGGUCCCACUCAGAUUGAGCGCAAUAAAGCAGCCAUGCACGAGCUAACCGUGGGACAGAAGGUCAUAUGUAAGCACAAGAAUGGCCGCUACUACCAGUGUGACGUGGUGCAGCUGUCCAAAGAGACAUUCUACGAAGUCAACUUUGACGAUGGUUCCUUCAGUGAUAAUCUGUUCCCCGAAGACAUUGUGAACCGAGACUGUGCUCAGCUUGGACCCCCACCGCAGGGAGAAGUGGUUCAGGUGCGAUGGACCGACGGUCUGGUGUACGGGGCCAAAUUUGUGGCAGCUCAUGUUAUUCAAAUGUAUCUGGUAGAGUUUGAGGAUGGGUCGCAGCUAACAACCAAGAGAGAUGAUGUCUACACUUUGGAUGAGGAACUCCCAAAAAGAGUCAAAUCCAGACUGUCCAAAGCGUCAGACAUGAGAUUUGACGGGAUCUUUGAAGAAAGGGAGAUCAUCCAGGAGUCGAAGCGACAGAGGGUGAUCAACUCCCGUUACAGGGGCGACUACAUUGAGCCUGUAAUCUACAGAGCCAUCAUGGAGUAAAGCCCGGCUCUGUCUGGCCGCCCAUCCACACUCACACCAGCAGCACUGACAGACUGAACUGUGCUCACUGUACCUUACCUUAGCAGCUAGCCACAGUGAGAGUGUAGCUCCACAGGACUUCCUUCAGGACCCGCUUUGGACUGUUCUCUUUUUUUUUAACUUCUCCUUCAUCCACCUUUGUUUGCUUUGUUUGUUUGACUGCGAUAUAGGAAACUGCAGUAUUUUAGUUUUUCCACAGGACUAGCACCUAACAGAAGGAAGCAAUAUUAAGAUGUUAAAUCAAGCAGCGUUUUCACAUUAAGACACCAAUAAAAAAAAAAACACAAGUUCAGUGUUAAAUUUUACAGAAAUCGUUUUAGUCAAUUCUGCUACUCAAGUAAUCUGAGUUUUUAGGAUAUUAUCAGCUUCAUUUUAUUUCUGCCAUUAGUGCCUAUGAUAUGGAGCCUGACAGGUAGCAAAGAUAAACAAUGAAACGUGGAAUUUUUCUACUUACUGUUUGAAUUUGUUCCCUCCACAUACACACUUAAAUUAUUAAUUGGAGGGUAUAUUUACUACCUUACUAAGUUAAAAUCCUAGAUUAAAAUCAAAGCUAAUGAGCAUUCUCAUCACUACAGAGAAUUUAGUGAAAAAUAAUCCUCGCAGUUUCCCUAAGCUUAACUUGACAUAUUCACAUUUUUAAAUAUAAAGCAGAGAAAAGCUGGAUGCUUGAAUAGGAUUAACAGAAAUUUUCUGUUGACUAAACAGUUAAAAUGAAAUGUUUGUCCUGAUACCUGCCAGGUUCCAUUUUCUAACGAGGCUAGACUGGAAUUCUGACACGCUGAUUUGACUAAUUUAACUUUAGCUAUUAAUAUGCACCACAAGCCAGGUCCACAGCAUUAACAGAAUGUAUAUGUGGUGCGACAUCUCUUAAAAUCCAGCUACAAACUCAUCCAGUUUGUGCCUCUCGUGUAUCAACACAGAGGAAAUCAUCAGUGAUGUUUUAAAAGUCCAGAGGCUUGUUGAGAAAGUCUUAAAUCUUCUGUCUGGACUUCAUGCUCACCACUAAAUCAUCUCAGUUACAUUAGGGAACCGAACAGAUAUCACCUGGUUAGUUGAAUUAUAAAAUAAAUAGCAUUAAAAAAUUACUGCUCAACCUCACAAAAUGGAAUAUUUCACACAGCAAAAGAUCUGCAGUCUUCCCCAGAAAAUAACCUGCCACCUCUAAAAUGUAUUUGUACUUUAUAUGGAGCUUCGCUGAUACACUUUAGUUGGAACGUUGUUGGAAGCAUGUAUUCAGAAAGUUGCUCUCUGCUGACAGACACCCAGCUCCCAGCCUGUGUUAGCAUCUGAAAAUUAAUCAAUUGACAGUCAUUAACAUCUCUAAUCAGGACAGCUCAAGGCACAUUUAAACAACCAUUCAUGAUGUUCACAUCUGUGGUUCCUGAGAAGCACAAACUGAGACUGGAAGCUUGAUGACAUAAGACCAGUUGAUAAUUAUUCCUGGUCAGAUGAGCCUGAUCCAUGACCCAGAGCUACAUAUUUUGUUUUAAUUUCAUUCAUUACUGUUAGCGUGCCAGACUAAAGCGGCUAAGUCUUGUCUGUUUGCAACACUUGGAUGAUUUGCACAGUCAGAGAAAUAAACUACCCGAUAAAUCAUAUUUAAAAAUAACCAAACAACAAUUAAAAACAAAAAACUUACUUACAGAUGUUUAAAAAACAGCUCACUAAAACAUGUUUUCCUGACAUGAGUUGUUGGAAUCUAUUGACACAGUUUGACUCUUCACAGGUGCACAUCAGAAUAUAAAAUGGCACUGCUAUUAUCUGUUAAAGGAAUACUUCUUCCAGUUAGCUACUUGCCUCUGGUAGUCCAGAACGACACAGUGUUUGUGCUUCAUUACUGCCUAGUCUUCAAACACUGAAGUUACAGGGAGGUUAUUUUUAGCAGCGAAACCACCUCAGGGUUUUUCGGUUUUGCAGAUGCAACACCUGAAUUUGUGUACCAAUGCCUAAUCCAAACUCUUUUUGAUAACUCUAAAAGAAACUUUGAGAUUUUCACAUUUUUUUCAAGAUUUUUUGAAGAUUUGUGCCCAAUUUUUUAAAAGUUGCCCAAAAACUUUAUCAAAAACACAUAAUCUGACAUUAGAAAUAUGUCAAGAAAUAAACAAGAUCACAAAUCUGCCAGCUUUUGGUACUUGAUCCAAAAGUUUUUCCUGCAUAGAGGAAUUUCUAGCACCCCUGCAGUGAGGUUUUAGCCAGGGCCAUGAGAAAAUCACAAGUGCCUAAAUGAAAAAAGACUCAUUUUUAACCAGUUUUGUUAAUUAGGGUUUCAUCUGCUCAGCACAACAGACUUUUUUUUCAUUGAAAUGAUCAGAAAAACAACAAAUACAUAGAUUAAAUUCAAGUAACACAGAUUUACUACCUUUAUUGUAUGCAGACUGAUUUUUGUGUAGCCACAUCCAAAAAAACAAAAACACACAUUUUGAUGAGGAUUAUUUGAGCAUGGAAGUCAUUUUUGAUUUCACCACCAAUGUGAUAGAAUAAUCUUGUACAAGGUUAACUUACAGGCUUUUCUCUUGGCUUUAAGCUGCAGUUUGAAGCACAUUUCAGUUCAAUUUUUCUGUUUUGCACAGAAAAAAAGUAUAGACUGGUUUAGUACAAAGUUGGCAUUCUAAAAAAAUUCUCUGUAACUUCAGCAUCUGCAAAAUCACAGCACACACAUUAAGGACUAGUGUUUCUGCAGCGCUGCAGAUGGAUGAAGUAUUUCUUUGUGGGACCAGUGCCAUUUUAGCCUCUGAUGACAACUCGUCUUUAACUAUUAACUGCAUUCCUUCAUUUAGUAGAUGAGAAAAUAGCUUUUACAUGUUGACAUGUUUUUACCAGCCUAUUUAUUAUGGUGCUUUGAGAGAGAAACCUCUGCGAUGAGUUUGCAGUAAUCCAGCAGGGGUUGUUGAUGUAUGUUCUAUUUUUUCUACAGUAUAUAGUUGAAUUUUAAAGAAUCCAUUCAGAUUUUUAACGCGCUUCGUCUCGCCAGCUGUUUCCUCGCUCUCCUACUGAAAACUGUGUAUUGCACUUUUAUUUAAGUCCAGUUUGCGAGGAUGUUUGAAUAGUUGCCAUUGACGAAAUGUUUUAGAAUGUUAAUUGUACAUUUAUAAAAUGUCUUAUGGAUUGUGCCGCCCUCCCUUAUCGAUCACACUGCACCUGUCACUGCAACCAGGUGGCCUUCAUCUGCCUGUGAACUUGUUCAGCUAGUUUUAUAGUCAGCUGCUGGCAGGUCAGACACUCUGCUUUCAUCAGUCCAGUGGAGAAGAAAUUUAUUGUAUCGAUAAACAAAGCUCUACAUGGGGAGGGGCCUUUUCUAUUCUAUUUUAUUGUGUUGUUUUGUAAAACCUGUUCUGUGUAUUUUCACAGGAGCCUGUGAAGUGUAAAUGUCAUGUAGUCUAUUUUAAGAUGUUAUCUGUUGACCCGGGAGACGAGCUGUCCGUUCUCGUUGUCUCCUCCUGCAGAAAAUAAAUGAGCAAACUUACAGAUUAUCAUUCAAGCAUUUUGUAAAAUUUAUGUGUUUGUUUCAGUAAAGAAUUUUGCUUAAGCGCCCCGUC